AUUAUUUAUAUAUAUAAGUAAACUAGAGCUCGCUAAAUACUAAAUUUGAACUAUACUUUAAGUUAAAUUUGCGUAACAUCGAAAGUCGAUGGGCACAUGCCAAGUCGCUUAUCUCUAACGAGAUCUGGGCGAGUGCGCAUUUCUCGCUUAUAUCAUUAUUACUGAUACUUUCAUAUUUCAUUUUUUAAGCGGUUAAUUUUAAAUUCUGGUUUCAGACGUGCAGGCACAAGAGAUUAGAAUGAGGCGGCUAAGUUGACCUUGUGUUUGGCUAGUUGAAUGGUUGGCUGAACAAGGCUGCAGAUCUCCUCAAUUGCUCACACCGGACUCGAAUCUUUGUCUCGAUCCUGUUCUAUACGUGCUAACAUGAGUCCUUCAGGAGUUAAUCGUCAACCGUUGGUGCCACCGCUUCCACGACUCCUCGUCUUUUGCUACUGCUUUGUUCUUGGUUGGAUUGCACUUGUCAAGGCCGACGAGGCCGUCAAAUCCCCGCCCGAGCUCCUGCAAAUCGUCGCUCAGUAUCCAAGCAAUGUCAGCCAGCUUCAUUUCAGUCAUCUUGUGCUCGAUCCUGUAACCGGGCAGUUAUUUGCUGGGGCCGUCAAUAGGUUGCUGCAGCUCAACUCGGAGCUUGAGCUGAAGGAGCUCCUUAUCACGGGUCCUCAGCAUGAUAACCCCCAGUGUCAUGCAAGUGGGUGUCCUACUUCCUUGGAAAUCGAGACGAGCCUUACAAACAACGUGAACAAACUUUUGGUCGUGGACCUCGAUUCACGUACUCUCAUCGUAUGCGGAUCUCUUUUCCAGGGUGCCUGCGAAAAGCACAAAAUGUCCAACAUUAGCAUUGAGCCCGAGAACUUCACAUUCGGGGUUGCAGCUAACGACGAGACUUCUUCCACUUACGCAUUCAUCGGACCCGAGCGCUAUAAAUCUUGGCAAGACUCAAAUAUUCUCUACGUUGGUACUACUUUUACUAACAAUGCUGAAUAUAGACAUGACGUACCCGCGAUUUCAAGCCGUAGGCUUGACACCCUUGAAUUUGCUGAAUACACCUUUAAUAAGCAGUCGAUCCUACACAUUGACGUUAAGUACCGUGACCACUUCCUGGUUAAAUACGUGUAUGGCUUUAACGCCAGUGAUUACGCUUACUUCGUGCUCGUACAGAAGCAGUCGUACCUGCCGGAAGAGGAAGAAUUGGGUUACGUGUCGAGGAUGGCUCGGAGCUGCAUCACUGACGCGAACUACGAUAGUUACACGGAAGUAACGCUUCAGUGCAACAUCGAGGACAGGAACGAAUCCUAUAGGUUGGUACAGGAUGCCAAAAUCGCGCCUGCAGGUGGCGACAUUGCGGCUCAGUUUGGUAUCAACGUUGGUUCUCCUAUUUUCGUCGCCGUUUUCUCGCCUAGUAAGGGUAUUACCAAUGAGCCCCUCCCUAGGUCUGUUGUCUGUGUUUACAGCCUCCAAGACAUCGAAACAAAGUUCGACGAAAAUAUCCAUAUGUGUUUUAACAGCAGUAUCAAGUACAGGAAUAUGGGUUACAUCAGCGGGCCCAUUCAAGACGGAGUCUGUCCACAAGCGGGUACUACUGGAAACAUUGUGAACUUCUGUGAAGUUGGCCUGAAGAUAUCGGGUGUAUCGCCAAUUGUUGGACAAGCGGUGUUACAUUUCCCUGAUACCUUCAUUACUUCUAUUACUUUGGCAAAUACGGAGAGUCACACUGUUGCUUUUCUUGGUACAGAAGAUGGGGUUGUUAAAAAAGCUUUGCUCUCUGCUACGGAGGCUAAGGUCUAUGAAAGCAUCGUUGUUGACAAUGGCCAAAAAAUCCUUCCAGAUACUAUCGUUGCGCCAGACGGCAAUUAUCUUUACGUUUUGUCAAACUCUCGGAUUUCAAAAGUGAAAGUAGAACACUGUAGUAGUUAUAUGAAUUGCAACAGUUGUUUGGUCGCAGGGGAUCCUUAUUGUGGCUGGUGUUCUCUAGAAAAAAGGUGUACCAUACGUAAUGAUUGUCAAAAAGCAAAUCGGAGUAGUCCGCGUUGGUUGUCAUUGGGCACUGGACAACAAUGUAUUGAUUUCGAACAAGUCCUCCCAGACCGCAUUCCGAUUAAACAAAUGACAACUGUACAAUUGAGCAUUCGAACACUCCCAGAAUUGCCGGUUGGCGCCAAGUAUAAAUGCGUCUUCGGCGAGGCUGAGCCCAUUGAUGCAAUUAUGACUGUAUAUGGAUUGUCCUGCCCGACCCCACCAAUCAAUUUAAGACCGAGUAUUCCCAAAAAUGCCGAUCACGUUCUCGUGCCGUUGGCCGUGCGUUCAAGCGAGACGAACAAGGACUUCGUGUCGCGAAAUUUCGCCUAUUUCGACUGCUCUCGACACACUAUUUGUUCCGAGUGCGUUAAAGCGCAGUGGACCUGCAGCUGGUGUGUUUACGAUAACAAGUGUACUCACAAUACAACCGAAUGCCAGGGGAACAUAAUAUCUGGAAAAAAUAAUAUGCAAGCGAAUCUCGCUGCCCAUGGAGCGCAAUACUGCCCUCGCUUCGUUCAUAGAGAGAAGCCCCUUAUGUUACCUAAUAAUGUUCCCAAGGAAAUUAGCCUUGAAGUCGAGAACUUACCGCAUCCACAAGUCGGUCACACCGGCUUUCAAUGCUUUGUGAAAAUCGAGGGGGCGCAUCUGCGUGUACAGGCGCGCGUCGACAGCAGCCGUUAUAUCGUGUGCGACAAGACUGUAUACUCAUACGAGGCGCAAUUGGGUGAAUAUGAGGCUCAAGUGAUGGUGAUGUGGAAUAGUAAUCACUACGUCGAUAGCACGAACAUCAUCCUGUACAAGUGCGAGGUUCUUGGCUCUCAUCGUGAACACGCCGACUGUUCGCUCUGUGUAACUCGCGAACGCCACUUCGAGUGUACGUGGUGCACCAACAGUUGCGUAUACCGCCACUCUUGUCUAAAUUCGGCAUUCACCGAAUGUCCCAAGCCCCGAAUUGACAUGAUAAAACCACUGAGUGGGCCCAUCGAGGGCGGUACACUUGUCACCAUUGAGGGCAGCAAUCUGGGUCUACGUGAGAGCGACGUCGAAGGCAAAAUAUUAAUUGGUAAUACCUCGUGUAUCCUUAUCGAUUAUGAGGUCUCGGUGCGCAUCGUGUGCAGAACUGGCCGGCACGAAGCAACGGAUGAGGCGCCGGUGAUAGUGGGCAACGACGCCGGCUAUACUAAAAGCGCCGUCUACUUCAGCUACAAGGAUAUCAGAUUGAUGGGUCUGCAGCCGUCGAUGGGGCCUCAGAGCGGUGGCACGCGGCUGGCUAUCACUGGCCAGUACCUGAAUAUAGGCAGUACGAUAUCCGCUUACCUGAACGAGUUGCCUUGCCUGGUAAAUGCUACCCAGGCAAGCAGUACGAGACUCACCUGCGUGACCAGUAGAUCCGAUCGCGUUAGAAAAAUAUCCAGGUUGACACUCAGUAUUGACGGAGCGAACCGCACUCUCGAAGGUAACCCAUAUAACUACACUCACGAUCCGACCAUCAUGGAAAUCAAACCACUUAGCAGCUUUGCUUGGGGUGGCCGUAUGAUCACGGUGCACGGUACAAAUCUUGAUACUAUACAGAAGCCCCAAAUGAUUGUGUACCUGGAAAAGGAAGGCGCUCCUGUUAACCGCACAGUUUGUACAGUCCUUAAUCCCACGCAAAUGGAAUGCCCAAGUCCAAGUGUUGUUGGUCGUUUCCGAGGUGAGACUACAUCUAAUCAUCGGGAUAGGCUAUUGAUUAGACGGAAGGAUGUGAGCCUUAUACUCAAGGUUGGCUUCCUCAUGGACAAUGUCGAGAGUGUACGCGACCUUGAUAAGCACGGCCAAAAUCUGCGCAACAGACUCAUUUAUGUUGAGGACCCUAAGUUUUUUCCUUUCCCGCGUAAUAUCAAACUUUACAAAGGCGACACUCUGGUAAUCGAAGGCGAGAGUUUGAAUCAUGCUAGCGACGAAUCGGAUGUGAAUGUUACAGUAGGCACGCGACCGUGCAACGUGACGUCACUUGCCCUUACCCAACUUGUAUGUACACCCCCCGAGCAACAACCUUCGGGCACUGAUGAACACGGCACAAAGACGGAAGCUGGGCUACCCCUUGUAGUCGUAAGAGUUGGUAGAAGUCUUAGGUUCCCCAUCGGCUACCUACACUACGACGUGCUGAAGUCCUAUCCGAUACCGCCGGAAGCAAUUGCAGGCAUUGCAGCUGGUACUUUUGGCCUCAUCUUUGUAUUUAUUCUCGUGCUCAUCGUUUACCGGCGCAAAAGUACACAGGCUGAGCGCGAAUACAAGAGAAUACAAAUACAGAUGGAUACGCUCGAGAGCAACGUGCGGAUGGAAUGCAAGCAGGCUUUCGCAGAACUACAGACCGACAUGACGGAUCUUACUGCUGAUCUCGAGUCGUCCGGCAUUCCCACUCUUGACCACAAGAACUACAUCAUGAAGGUUUUCUUUCCGGGGGUAAUUGAUCAUCCGAUUCUGAACGAUCCUCGCUCCCGAAACAAUGUGACGCGUACGAAUUAUGACGCGGCUAUGCUCCAGUUUGAACAGCUCAUCAACAAUAAGUGUUUCGUUUUAACGUUUAUCGAAACCCUUGAAUCUCAGAAAGACUUCAAUAUCCGCGACAAAGUGAAUGUGGCCUCGUUGUUAAUGGUUGUCCUAAUGGGUAAAAUGGAAUACGCAACUGAUAUAUUGAUGAACCUAUUGCUUAGACUUAUCGAUAAAUCAGUGAAUACGAAGUACCCGCAACUGAUGCUUCGGCGCACCGAGUCCGUUGUCGAAAAGAUGCUGACUAACUGGAUGGCUCUCUGUAUGUACAAUUAUCUGAAGGAUUACGCAGGCUCGUCUCUCUUUCUCCUUUUUAAAGCUAUCAAGCACCAAAUCGAGAAGGGUCCCGUGGACGUAGUUACCCAUGAUGCACGUUACUCCCUCUCAGAGGAGCGGUUACUACGCGAGCAGAUCGACCACGCGCACGUGACGCUGCACGUAAUGCAGGACGAUCUUGAUGAAAAGAUCCAGUGUAAAGUUCUUGACUGUGAUACGAUAAGCCAGGUGAAAUUCAAGAUACUAGAUGCCCUAUACAAGAACACUCCCUUCUCUUUAAGACCAUCCGUUCACGAAGUAGAUCUCGAAUGGAGGCACGGCAGGGGCGGUCACCUUACUAUUCAGGAUGAAGAUCUCACUACUAAGUGUUGCGGUGACUGGAAAAAGAUUAACACCCUCGCCCACUAUGGGGUGAAAGAGUCGGCAGUGAUGUCACUUAUACCUCGACAAAACGAUGGUUUUUCCCUUGCAUGCAAGCAAUCCUGUCACACCUGCACCAAGGUCUCCCAGCAGCAACUUCACCAGCACAUACAGCAGCAGCAUUCGGGCCAACAAAGACACCUCUACGACUCGAGGCAUGCCAUCGACCACUGCACAGGCCUACAUCUACCCCAGAUACCCAGUCACGGCAUUGCCAAUUCAACGACGAUGUAUGGUGCUAGCACGGGCAUCUUCUUUGACAACCAACACUCGAUGCCCAUGAUCAUUGCCAACGGGGAUGUCGAGUCAAGCCACACUAGUAGCCACCGUCUCUAUCAUCUCGUGAGGCCAGUAGAAGAGAGCCAGUAUAUAGCCGGAAUAGGCUUCACGGGUGGAAAAUUACCUCCGGGCCUGCAUCCAGAGCGCACCCACAAGGCCAUUCCUGAGAUCUUCCUUACGAGGCUGCUCUCAACCAAAGGGACCGUUCAAAAGUUCGUGGAUGACUUCUUCAACACAAUAUUAACAGCAAAUGACGUCCUGCCUAGUGCUGUUAAAUGGCUAUUUGAUCUCCUCGACGAAGCUGCAAACAAACACGGAAUCCUCGACCCUGAAGUGCCACAUGCCUGGAAGUCUAAUAGCCUACCACUGCGCUUUUGGGUGAACUUUAUUAAAAAUCCAGACUUCAUGUUUGACAUAAACAAGUCGACGACGGUUGACUCGAGCCUCUCCGUCAUUGCUCAGACAUUCAUGGACGCGUGCUCAACAUGCGAACAUCGACUCGGCAAGGACUCGCCCUCGAACAAGCUUCUCUUCGCUAAGGACAUACCGCAUUACCGGGAGCGGGUUGGCAGGUUUUACAUGGAGGUGCAACGAUUGCCGCUAAUAACUGAUCAGGAGAUGUCCAGCGCUAUGCAGCAGCUUAGCGUUUCACACGCCAACGAGUUUGACGUUAUCGCCGCUCUCAAGGAGCUCUACAUCUAUGUCAGCAAGUAUUACGGAGAGAUCCUCGAAGCGCUCGAGACGGAUCCAGGUUGCUGCAAGCUUCAUCUGGCCCAUCGUUUAGAAAAUGUAGCGUGUACCCUUGAGGGCGAAGAAACAAGCGCUUGCUGACACGUUAACGCAGCAUAUAAAUCCUUCAGGAGCUCGAACUAGUGCCUCUGCGCGAUGUCUUAAAUGCGCUUAUCGCGCGUACCGAAGAGCUUCCUCGGUAAGUUGGUGUGCGGCGAGGCUGAGAAAAUGAGCGAGAAACAGAAAGGCAAAGCGAAGCACGCGAAUUUCCAACGAGCGAAAGAUACGAGUUCUCUUCUUUUUUUAUGGUUCUAUAAGUGAGAGGCUAGGAAGCCACACAUGGUGUAUAAGAGAAGCGAAUUAGAAAACAAUUAAAUUGGGGUGGAAAGCAAUUAGAGAGGAGUUUAAAAGCCACAAUGUGCAACGGACAGUUUGUGCGUGAGGUAGCACAGCUGUAAGUAGUCUGUGAUCCGAACAUGAGUGGCUAUGCUUAUUAUCUUCAUUCGAUAUGAUUAUUAUUAUUAUUAUUAUUAUU